AUGUCAGCCAGCCUCUUCCCAGCCCGCCAGCGUCUGGGGCUGCUGGAUGAGCUGCACGGAAGAGCCCCGCAAGUGCCGUGCCCAGAGGAGCUGCUGGGCGCCUCGGUGCUGGAUUUCGUGGCCGACCUCUCCCUGGGAGCCCCCCAGGCUGCCCCCCGGGCCGGGCCGAGCCUGGGGCUCUGCGAGAUCACCUCCGGGCCUCCCUUCGGGGACAGAGCCCUGUCGCUCCGGGAGGAGAUGGCCCGGGGACUGCCCCUGGCUGCCUUCGGAGAUGGAGAUGCCGAAGACGAGGAAGAGGAGGACGAAGAGGAGAGGAUGCGCAGCGCUUCCCUCCUGGACAGACCCAGGAGAAAGCGGGUUAUCACCUACGCCCAGCGCCAGGCUGCCAACGUACGGGAGAGGAAGAGGAUGUUCAACCUCAACGAGGCGUUUGAUCA